AUGUCUAGCGUAACAGAAAAGGUCCACGAGGCUGUCUCACCCGAAGCAUGGGAUCCUUCGGAAGCUGAACAUGUGGAAGACACCAAACAGCCGUUGGAGACGAAUCUUGUUUAUGAGGAGGAUGAAGAGCCAGAAUUCCAUGCGCAGACCUGGUUCGCUCUAGCGGCGAUGUUCUUCCUCAACCUUGUUCAAGUAUUCGGCUUGAUGGGUCCUCCAGCAGGGCUAUCCUAUAUCGAAAAAGAUCUAAACAAUACCGUCGCCGGUACAUGGGUCCCCAAUGCCCUUUCGCUCGUCCAGGCUGUUUUGUCCCCUGUCAUCUCUUCGGCGUCAGACACAUUUCAGGCACGAAAAGCCUUUCUUGUUGGCCCCGCAGUUAUCUCGUUUAUUGGAUCUGCGAUCGCGCCCGGAUCUUCCAGCAUCUAUCGAGUCAUCGCGUCUCAGGUAUUAAUUGGAUUCGGAUUUGCUACCGUGCCGUUGGCAUAUUGCGUGCCAAGUGAGAUUCUGCCUCGAAAAUGGAGACCCAUGGCACAGGCUGCGAUGAACGUUGCGGCAGCAGGUGGUGCUUGUUCAGCGCCAUUGAUCAUUGGUGCUCUGACCAAAGCCAAUGCUCACACAGGAUGGCGCAAUUUCUAUUGGGUUCAAAUGGCUCUAUGGGGAGUGACUGCCAUCUGCCUUUUCAUCGGUUAUAAACCACCAAAGCGACACAAUCACCUCGACCACCUGUCUAUUUGGCAAAAAUUAGCUCGACUCGACAUACUAGGAUUUAUCCUGCUUACUAUUGGCUUGACAUUGUUCUUGGCUGGACUUAACUCCGGUGGUACAUUGUACCCAUGGGCUUCUGCGCAAGUGCUGGCGACUCUAAUCAUCGGUCUCCUCUGCCUGGUUGCGUUCGCAAUAUACGAGUGGAGAUUCACCAAGACAGGCAUCCUCCAUCAUGAUCUCUUCCGUGGAGGCAGGAAUGGCGGCAGAACUUUCGCUAUCUCUGUCGGCCUCAUUUUCAUCGAAGGAAUUCUGCUAUUCAGCUACGUGAUUUUCUAUCCUGUUUUAACCACCUCUCUAUUCACAGAUGAUCCUUUUUUGAUGGCUGCAAGGUUACAACCCUUCUGGGUUGCCUCCGGACUAAGCACAGUGUUCUACGGAUAUUGGAGUACCAGAUUCAGAAUGAUUCGGGCGCCAUUAUUCGUCGGAUUCCUCUUAUUCACAGCAGGAAUAGUGGGCCUUGCUACUCUUGCGCCAGAAGACGAAUUGAGUGCCUUGAUUUUCUCUGCCCUUGCUGGGAUGGGUUUUGGUGCGCCCCUUAUACUUCUCAUUGCAGCGGUUCAACUUUCUACACCGCACCACCUCAUCGCAACCGCAACCGCAGCAACGACAUGCUCUCGAGCCGUAGCCGCAGCCGUCUUUACGGCUAUAUUUUCGACUGCGUUUGAAACGCGUAUUGGAAAGAAUCUUCCAGCGGAUGUCGCCCAGGCUGUGUUGAAGGCGGGGCUUCCCAGCAGUUCCGUUAAAGCUUUCAUCGGAGCGUUAUCAUCUAACGAUACAGCCGCGCUUUCGAAGAUCCCAGGUGUUAGCUCAGCAAUAGUUUCCGCCGGAGUAGCUGCACUAAAGCAGGCAUAUGCUGAUUCACUGAGAGUUGUUUACAUUAUUGCAGCUCCCUUCGGUCUUCUGGCUUGCUUGACAUGUUUUUUCUUGGGAGACCUGAAAAAAGUCAUGGACUACGCAGUUGAAGCGCCGGUAGAGGAUCUGCACGCUAAACGAAGCCAUGCCCAUGGCCCCCAUGUCUAG